GGAGUGCAAGCUACAACUUUAAUAUUUGUGACUAAAUAGCUAUUUAGUGUUCAGUUUCUUUUCUUCAAACAUAGUAGUUAUGAUAUAUUUCUUUUAGUUAUUUUGUGUGCUGAACCAAAUUCACGGAAAUGUAACUAUUUGGAUGUGUUUUCUAUAACAGUGUGGGUUUUUUUUUUUGUUCAAAAUUACAGCUUGCUCCGCGAGCUGAACGGAAUAAUUUUUGAUUAAAGGCAAGGCUCAAUAUCAGGUUGUUUCGAGGUUUUUUUAUGGCAAGAGGUUUUUUUUUACUGUCACCGGCUAACUGGAUUCCAAAAAGCGUUUGGUACGACUUGUUUACGCACGAGCAUCGUUGGAAGAAUAGCCCACAGCACAGGGAUGUAACCCUCAAGGAUUUCGCGAUGUGGGAUGAAACGGAAUAAAAAUAAACUGAUUGCCAAACUAAGGCGAAAGGAAUAAAUAGUUUAACCUUUUGGAUGUUACAUUGCCGAUUUUACAAACAUUUGGAGAUAAACUGGAUUUUUUUAACCGGAAUAUCUGAACUGCGGAGCCUAUGUCGUUUGCUGUCUCUGAGGGAUAGUGGUCUAUUACCAACCCCCAAACCUCAGAAACACCAAACAAAGUACUGUAUGUCAAAAACACGAUUAUUGACAUGAAGGAAAUAUCUAAACAUUGCUAGGGUUGAAGAGAAUGUCAUCAGAGGAGAAGAUUCUGGACCCCUCUGACAAAGGACCCUCGCCUCCUCUCAGCAGCUCUGUGGCCACGCCCACUGGAAGCCCCGCCCCCAUUGAUAAACGGCCUCGAGGCAGGCCUCGGAAGGAUGCUCUGUCUGCAGCCGCCCAACCUCCCCUUCUGCCCAGACAGAGAAAGAAGAGCCGUUGCCGGGGGAAGGCUGUGCUGGAAGAUGAAGACAGUACAGACGGAAUGGAAUUGGCUGAGGCUGGCAGCACUCAGGAGCCAGGCACUAAAGCUCAGCAGGAGGACAGCGAUGGGACCACUGCAGUGGUACUAUCCGGAGAGGAAGAGGAGCGGCCUUCGUCCCUUGUUUCUCCAACUCCUGCAAUGGGGGUGGCAGAAACAUCAGCAGCCUCUGGAGAAGCUAAAAGCAGUGAGCGGCUCUGUGCCUUCUGUUACUGCGGCGCCCGGAGUCUGCUCGGCCAGGGUGAGCUCAGACUCUUCAAGGCCACACCCGGCUGUGAAGCCCCGCCCUGCCGCCAGGGCAGAACUGAGGAGGAUGGGAGCACAGCUGCCGUCCAAUUGGGAAGGCCCAGAGGCCCAGAGAGUUCUGGAGCUGAAGAGUCUUGCAGCAGGUCCUGGGAUGAGCUCCACCAUGUCGGCAUUCCGGAUGACGUAGAUGUCCGGUGUCUCUUCGAUGAGUCGGGUCAGUGCUGGGCACAUCAGCGGUGUGCUCUGUGGUCAGAAGGUGUAUACCAGGCAGAGGACCAAUCACUGCUCAACGUGGACAGAGCCAUCCACUCAGGGAGCACAGUGCAUUGUGCAUAUUGUAAGCGCCUUGGAGCAUCCAUCAAGUGCUGUGAGGAGGGGUGUGACCGGUCGUACCACUACCCUUGCGCGGGGGGCGCCGGAACCUUCCAGGACUUCAGGAAGCUGUCUGUCCUGUGCACAGAGCACAUUGGACUGGCCCUCAGCAAAUUUACGGAGGAGGCAGACUGUGUGCUGUGUGACAGCUCGGGGGACCUGCUGGACCAGCUCUUCUGCACCAGCUGUGGGCUGCACUACCAUGGCAUGUGUCUGGACAUCAGCGUCACCCCUCUGAAGAGGGCCGGCUGGCAGUGCCCUGAGUGUAAAGUCUGCCAGACGUGCAAGAAUCCUGGAGAGGACUCCAAGAUGCUGGUGUGUGACAUGUGUGAUAAAGGCUAUCACACCUUCUGCCUACAGCCAGUGAUGGACUCCAUCCCCACUAACGGCUGGAGAUGUCAGAACUGCCGGGCAUGCGUGCAGUGCGGAGUACGGAGCAGCACCCAGUGGCACCACAACGGGCUGCUGUGCGAGGUGUGUGGUGGGCAUCCGGACACCCCUCUGCCCUGCCCCCUGUGCUCGAGCAACUUGGACCCCGAGCUUCACAAAGACCUGCUGUCCUGCCUACACUGCAAAAGGUGGUUCCAUCUGGAGUGUGAGCGGCAGGUGGAAGGGCAUGCGGAGGUGCAGGCCGGAGAGGAUUACGUCUGCUCUGCAUGUAAACACCUUGGCUUCGAGCCAGGAGGGCCCGUGCGUACAGACGCCGAGGAGCUUCUCCCAGCCAAGGUGGGCUCGCACAUCGACGCCGAAGGAGAGGCGCACCCGGAUGCUGAGCCCCAACCGGCCCGGAUCCUCGACGACGAGGAAGACACCAACAAGACCGUGUCUGUGCUGGGGGACUUUGCAGAGCGACGCGGGUCCGUGGCCUUUGCUGACACGAGCGGUGCAGAAGCCCAGUGUGCAGAAGCUUCCCACAAAGGACCCAUGGGUGAAAAAGUUCCAGCCACACAACCUCCUCAGGAUCUUAAACCAGCUAGUAGUCCAGAACCUUCUCAGCAGGAACAAGUUCCAGCUGCAGAGACUCCAGUCGUCUCAUUUUUCAUGCCAUCCGCCAAGGCAGAGCCGACUCAGGAGACCCCGAUGCUGACUAGUCCUGCAAAAACAGCUUUUCACCCAGAGGAUGUUGAACCGAGGCUGGAGGAGCAGAACGCCAUCACACCAUCCACCAAAGAACUCACAUCAGUGUCUGAACCUUCUGAGGAGGAACCCAUGGAAGUGUCGUUGCCAGGACUUCCGGAACUUUCCCUGGAAAGUGAAGCAAGUCCUGCUAAGUCUGUGCCAAAGGUGGAAACGGAGGAAGAAGAGAGGGUGGGCCCCGUGGUGGUGCAGCCUCAGGGAGUCCCUGAUGGCCUCUCAAUAGAGCAGCAUGAAGGUGCCUCUGAAAGUCUAAUAGGGGAACACCAGGGGAGAGCCACUGAAGGCCUCACAGUGGAGCAGCACAAAAGAACUGCUGAGGGCCUCACUGUAGAGCAGCACACGGGGACUGCUGAAGGCCUCACUGUAGAGCAGCACAAGGGGACUGCUGAAGACCUCACUGUAGAGCAGCACAAGAGAACUGCUGAGAGCCUCACUGUAGAGCAGCGUAAUAGAACCACUGAGACCAGCAUGGCAGAGCAGCAUGACAGAGCCACCGAGGAUGUCACGGUGGACCAGCACGAGAGAGCCACUGACGACCUCGCGAUGGAGGAACACGAACGCUCUUCUGAAGGCCUUACUGAUUACAUGGACGUCAGCCUGGAUGGUGAGCGGAGCCUGGCAAAGCUGAGCUCACUGGUGGAAGAGAGAACAUCACUAAAGCCAUCUCCAGUCAGGCAGCCAGAGAGCUUGCCCUCCUCUGGCCAUCCUUCUGUCAGCCCCCAAAGCCACUCUGGAAUGGGAGAGGCUAGUAGCAACGUGCCUUCAGCCACCUUCAUACCGUUCAUGCCCAAAAUUGGCAUGGGCAAACCCGCCAUCUCCAAAAGGAAGUUCUCACCAGGAAGGCCAAGGGUGAAACAGGGAGUAUGGAGUGCCUCUCCCAGGCUGAGCUCACCCCCAUGGUGCCCUGGCCAGGCGGAGGGCUGGGACGGCCCACAGAGCAGGCAGCUCCCCAAUCCACUCGCAUGGAGCAUCCGCGUGGGCCGAGGGUCGGGCUUCCCAGGGAGACGGAGGCCCAGGGGGGCGGGGCUUACAGGCAGAGGAGGACGUGGCCGCUCCAGGAUGAAGAAUGGAGUGAGUCCGAUGCCCAACCCAGGAAUAAAUGCCAUAGAAACAACAGUGUAUCCGUUCAGAGAGGAAGAAGAGAACGCUAUGCACAAUACAGUGGUGAUAUUCUCCAGCACAGACACUUUCACUCUGAAACAGGACAUGUGUGUGGUGUGCGGAAGUUUUGGGCAGGGCGUGGAGGGUCGACUGCUCGCCUGUGCUCAGUGCGGACAGUGUUACCACCCCUACUGUGUUAAUAUUAAGAUCACCAAAGUGGUGCUAAGCAAAGGUUGGCGCUGUUUGGAGUGUACAGUAUGUGAGGCGUGCGGGCAGGCCAGUGACCCUGGCCGUCUCCUGCUGUGUGAUGACUGUGACAUUAGUUACCACACCUACUGCCUGGACCCGCCCCUACAGAAUGUCCCCAAUGGCAGCUGGAAGUGCAAAUGGUGUGUAUCCUGCACGCAAUGUGGUGCUACCUCUCCAGGUGUGAGAUGUGAGUGGCAGAAUAAUUACACACAGUGCGCCCCCUGUGCCAGUCUGGCUUGCUGCCCUGUCUGUCUGCUGGACUACAGUGAGGAAGAGAUCAUCCUCCAGUGUCAUCAGUGUGACAGGUGGAUGCAUGCCUUGUGUCAAGGCUUCCACUCAGAGGAGGAGGUUGAGAAGAUGGCAGACAGCAGCUUCGACUGCAGCCUGUGCCAGGGCAGCAGCUCCCUCUCCCCAGCAUUGGGAUCAGGGCCUAAACCAGAUGCAGAUAUGAGUGAGCUUCCUGUCAUGCCACAAAUUCCUCCAAAAUCAAGAGAUCUAGACUUGAUGCGCACCUACACGCAGGAUGGGGUAUGUCUCACAGAGUCAGGUCUGUCUCAGCUCCAGAGCCUGGCCAGCACUGCGUCUCGGCGCCGUCGGCCCAAGCCUAAAUUGAAGCUGAGGAUCAUCAACCAGAACAGCGUGGCUGUGCUGCAGACACCCCCAGACCCUCAUAUAGAGCUCUCCAGAGAUGGAGACCUAGACGACACCAGGGCAGAAGGAGAGAUAGUUGAUGGGGAGGGAAAGUCCGACUCCAGCCCUGAGCGAGAGCCUCCCGUGGAUGACGAAUCUAAAGGAAGUGAAGCCUGCAAAAAGAGGAAAAGGAAGCCUUACCGGCCUGGUAUCGGGGGUUUCAUGGUCAGGCAGCGGAACCGGACCGGUCCAGGCAAAGCCAAACCAACUUUGGGUAGGAAGGACUCCACCGGCUCUGUUUCUGAGACGCCACAGGGCAAGGACGAAGGAUGGGGAGACCUGAUGCCAGAUACACCAGUGGAUGAGAAACCUCCAAUGUCUGAUUUCCCUGAGAACUCUGAGGUAAAGGUCCGCAAGCGCUACAGGAAAAAGAAGACCAAACUAGAAGAGGCCUUUCCCACGUACCUACAGGAAGCAUUCUUUGGAAAAGACCUUCUGGAUAAGAGCAAGCAGAGCAGACAGGAGACGACAGGGCUGUUGGAGGAAGAAAGAGACAGGAAACCGUCUGGUUGCAGCCUCCUGAAGCCACCUGGUAACCCCACGCUUGGUACAACAUCAACAUCGCUGCCUAGUAAAGCUGCAGGACCACGGAGUUCUGAGGAGCCUCUUGUGGACCUGUCCGAGGUGCUGAAAUCAGACACUGAGCUGUUGGGAAUGCUGUCUGAUGACAUGGUCAAGCAGACAGAGGAGUCUGGUCUUGAUUUUUGCACUUUCCAGGUUGACUGCUCUCCCUCUCCAUUUGCUGGACUGGAGGUUGCUCCUCUUGCAGAAGAGGCAGCACUCUCCUCCCAGUCUCUCCCAGUACGUGCUCCUCCUCAGGUAGCAGAGGAGCCUUUGGAUGGCAUUCUAAGCCCUGAACUGGACAAGAUGGUCACUGAUGAGUCCAUUCUAAGUAAGCUGUAUAAAAUUCCAGAAUUGGAGGGCAAGGAUGUUGAAGAUCUGUUCACAGCUGUCCUAAGCCCCAGCACCAUCCAGGCAUCUCAGGUGCCUCAUCAAUCCCAGGGAUCACACCCUUUACAUGGGCCUCCAGGCCAUGCAUUGCCCCCCUCCCAGCUCAACUCAGGAAUGUUUCCCCGGAUGCCAGUGAUGAAUGGUCUGAUGGCACCCAAUCAACAGUUUCCACCAUCUCAGAUGCCUAAUGUGGCCCGAAACUUCGCUACCAUGCAGCGCGCCCCUUUCUCCGACAAUCUGAGGGACAGGAAGUUUAGUCAGAUGUCACAGGAUGCAGCCGGCCCAUGGGCAGCCACUGGUCCAGGCCCUGCUCCGACUCCUGCCCCUCCCUCUGCAGCCGAGGGAGAGGGGGAUUCCUUGUCCACAGCUCAGAAGAGCACCCUGAAAUGGGAGAAAGAAGAGACUCUGGGAGAGCUUGCAACUGUGGCUCCUGUCCUCUACACUAAUGUAAACUUCCCCAACCUUAAAGAGGAGUACCCAGACUGGCAGACACGAGUGAAACAAAUUGCUAAGUUGUGGAGAAAAGCAAGUUCGCAAGACAGGGCCCCAUAUGUGCAAAAGGCUCGGGAUAACAGGGCAGCCCUUCGCAUCAACAAAGUACAAAUGUCUAAUGAAACAAUCAAAAGGCAGCAGCAGCCUCAGUCCUCGCAGCCUCUGGAAGUGUUUGACUCUGCCAUCCCCCCUCUCGACCCGGAGCUUCUGUUUAAGGACCCCCUGAAGCACAAGGAAUCAGAACAGGAGCAGGAAUGGAAGUUGAGACAGCAAAUGAGACAGAAAAGUAAGCAGCAGGCCAAAAUUGAAGCUACUCAAAAACUUGAGCAGGUGAAGAAUGAGCAACUGCAACAGCAACAGCAGCAGCAGCACAACCUCAAAGGAGGUCAGUCUGAGCAUGACAACUCCAGCAGCCUCCUGAGUCCAGGCUCCUCGCAGUCCACCAAUGGGAACAUGUCUCCUAUGCAGCCAAACUCCAAGAAUGGGCUUUCUAAGACUCAGUUGCCAGGAACUCCCACCUCAGGUUCCCCAGAUGAUGUCUUUUUACGUCCUCAUCCUCCAGCGCCCUCUUCAGGAUCCCAGCCACAGUCACCCCAGAUGUUCUCUCCAGGCUCUUCUGGCUCUAGACCAUCGUCACCCUGGGAUCCUUAUGCCAAAAUGGUGGGAACACCCAGGCCACCAACAAGUGGCCCAGGCGCCACCCGUCGAAACUCUGAGUCUGGAAAAUCACCUAGGAGUCUCUCAGAAGAGCGUGGGAAACCUCCCUCAGUUCAUGAGCCCAUCGGUUCACCAACAAGUGUAAACGCUGACCCAUAUGCCAAGCCUCCAGACACCCCAAGGCCAGCAGGACCAACAGACCCAUUUCUCAAGCCUAUGUGUCCUCCGAGGGCUAGUCAGUCCAUGGAAGGGAGGCACCUGAUUGGCUCCCCAGGACAUGAUCCAUUCUCCCGGCCAGGCCUGAGAAAGGAGACGUACUCACGUAUGCCUCAAGGCAGAAUGAUACUUUCAGAUCCUUACACCCGUCCCCUGCUUACCCCUAUUCCAGGAAGUAAUGAGUCAGGGUCUGUCCAGCUCUUUAAAACACCGAUGCCCCCACCUCAGCCUCAGGAAUCAAACGCAGGCAUACAUUCGAGAAGACCAGGUGGGGAUCCCUUUGAAAGACCAAUGAUCCCCCCUCGUUCAGCAGAGACCUUCUCACAGAGUCAGCCAAAUGACCCAUAUGUGCAUCCUCCACUCACUCCACAUCCUGGAAUGAGUGACGGCUAUGAGAAUCAAACCAGAAUCACACGGCAACCUCAAGCCCAUCCAUUUUCACAGCCGGGGCCAAUGGCACAUCAACCUGCUGGGAAUCCAUAUGCACGCUCCCAAUCCAACUCUAGGGCAGAUUACUCUCCAUGUGACCCAUUUUCCCAGUCUCCUUACUCCAACCCAUAUGCUCGAAUGCCUGGAACACCCAGACCACAUGACCCUGAACCCUACUCUCACCAGUCCACCACUUCUCAUCCUGUCAUCAUAAACCAAACCUCCCCACAAACUCAGACUCAGAAUCGCAUUCUGUCCCCAAUGUCAAUGGAUCCUUAUGCUCAGCCUCCUGGGGCAUCACAUCCAAAUGUACCAGAAAGGUUCAUAAAGUCACAGAGUUACCAAAGGAGUCAAGAUCCAUUUAAUCACCCUUCUGGAUUGUCUCGACCAAUAGGUCCUGACCCUCAUGCACAGCCCGUGGGAUCCUCCCAGUCAAUACUCAGUGAUCCAUAUGCGCAACCACCAAGAACACCUCGUCCUGGUGGUGCAAACCAGAGUAUAAGACCAGGGCAUAUGUCCAAUCAGGAUUCGUUUUCACCACCUCAAGUCUUGAUGCAGGACACCUUCACUGGUUCAGCAAUGCCAGGUUCUCAGACCCCAAGACAUCCUGGUAUGGUGGAUGAAAACAACAUGACUCAGUCUCCAUCUAGUCAGCCAAGCCAAACUCCAGUUCAUGAUGCAUUCGAACAGGCACCAUUGAAUCCUCACCCCCAGUGUGGAGAAAGUAGAGAGCAACACAGUGCUGUAGCAAUGGGACAACCCAACACUGAUGUUCAGAGUGUUCCACUCGCAGAGGCUGAGGAAAGGCUGAGACAGCGUCAGCGUAUUCGAGAACUGAUCCUCAGACAGCAACAGCAGAAAAGUGCAAUUCGCCAAGAGAAAACCACUCUAGACCAGCCUGUUACCAUGACUCCGGGAACCGGACAGCACUGGAGUCAGGAGACCCAAGGCCAGCAAAGUGACGUAUUUAAUCGACCACCUCCACCAUAUCCUGGUCCAGGUACUGUCAGGAGCCCUCAGAGAUUUCAUGGACCAUUCCCAGCAGAUCAGCGAGGGUGUUUCCCCGAUGGUCAGUUUCCCAGGCCACAGUUUCCUAUGGACAAUAAUAAUAUUAGGCAACCAGGACCCAGGCUAGGUUUCCCACCUGGUGUCCAAGGGCCUGGCUUAAGACCCCAUCAAAUGCAAGAGUCAAUGAUGGAAGCUCAUCCACAGAUGAGAAGGUCCCUGUCUAUAGAUCUGGGGAAAACAUUAGGUGGCAACCCCAUGGGACUCCAGCCUAUGCCACCUCGAAGCAUGCAUGUGCAGCAACACAAUAUCAUGGGGCAACCUUUUAUAGAACUUAGGCACAGGCCUGCAGAUAGCAGGCUUCGGCUUUCCUUUGGGCCACCUGUAAUGCAGGGAAACCGAAUGGAGUCACCGUCACAAGCUCAGCGACCUCCAGGUUUUAUAAGUGGGCAAGAAAUGGGAUUUCCUAGCAAUCAGGCUCCUAAACCAGGAGAUCCGACUAUGAAUCAGACUCAGGGAGUAGCUCCAGAAAUGCAUGGCUCAGUGAGUAUGGAGAACUUGAAUCAGCCAAAUCUUGCAGUAAAACCAGGGCAUCCACAGAUUCCGCUUAUGAGGUCAAUGAGCCAGCCUGCUUCAAAUGAGAGUUUCAGUGGUCCUAGUCCAUCAAAUUUCCCUGUAGCAUCUGCUACACAGAACAGUGAAGUUGCUUUACCCUCAAAUGAAGGUGAUGCAGAUGAAUCAGCUGUGAAGGAUCUUGAAGAUGUGGAGGUCAAAGACCUCGUUGAUACAGAUUUAGAGAACCUAAAUCUUGACCCAGAUGAUGGAAAAGAUCUAGAUCUAGAAACCAAUGACUUGCACCUGGAGGAAAUUUUCUUGACAUCUGGAAAAUUUGAUAUUAUUGCCUACACGGAUGCUGACCUGGACCUUAGUGAGGACCUGGAUCUCAAUGAUCCUAUUGAUGACCACACUGAAACCUCUGACAUCCCAAAGGCACAAACAGAGAAAAAGACUGAUGCUUCCCAUUCCACAUCUGGAGAAACAAAAACUGAUCGCAAACCAGAGCAUUCUCCAACCCAUUUAAAAAAUGAGGUUUCUCAGAUUCAGGGUUCCUUGAAAGCAGAAGAAGAUAUCAAAAUCGAGGCCAAAAAUGGUAUGUCACAAGAGCCCUCUUGCAAAAAGCAAACAAAGGAAAUCACAGCCAUUGAUCGAGAAGCCUAUGGGAGUAGCAUUGAUGCCAUUUCCCAGGUUCCAAAGGCUGGUAUUCACCCUGAUGCCACUCCGGUGCUUUCUAGUUUACUGGUCAGUGUACCAACUGACAGUGAAACACAAAAGCAAGAAAGCUGUGGGCAAACCACAUCUCAAAGCAAACUUCGCGAACCUGGGCUACAGCCAACCCUCAGUUCCACUCUGCUAGGACCCGGAGCCAUAUCUGUACAGGGAAUGAAUCCUACCCUGGUUGUAGAACCAUCAUUGGUUUCCUCUCACAGUGAGGGUCCUUUAGACAUUCCAGGCUCCAUCCAGGAUCAGCCUUCAGAUCCAAUGUUAGGAGUAGAUCAGAAGGAGGUUCUGCUUUCAGUAGAGCAGACUGGUAUUCUUCCUCAAACCCAGCAGGAAAUGUCCCAGCAAAACCGACCUCUGUUACUAGAAGAACAGCCUCUCCUCUUGCAAGAUCUUUUGGAUCAAGAGAGGCAGGAACAACAGCAGCAGAAACAGAUGCAAGCCAUGAUUAGACAGCGGUCCAGUGAUUCAUUCUUCCCUAAUAUAGAUUUUGAUGCAAUUACUGAUCCGAUCAUGAAGGCAAAGAUGGUGGCCUUGAAAGGAAUCAAUAAAGUAAUGGUUCAGAACAACAUGGGAAUGUCUCAGAUGGUCAUAAACAAGUUUCCAGUAGGAGCUCCAGCAGGACAUGGACCACAGGUUCCAGAUGCAUUAGUCCCUUCCCAGCAGCCAGUUGGCCAGGAAGGAAAAUUGGCCCCAUACAUGACGAGACCCAGUCCUCCAAAUUUUAAUCCAGGAUUUGCCAAUGAUGCCCAGAAAGUACAGUAUGAAGACUGGCUUCGAGAAACCCAAAAACUUUUACAGAUGCAGCAGAAGUUUCUUGAAGAGCAGAUUGGGGCCCACAGGAAAUCCAAAAAGGCCCUGUCAGCUAAGCAGAGAACUGCUAAAAAAGCAGGGCGGGAGUUCCCUGAGGAGGAUGCUGAACAGCUGAAACAUGUGACAGAACAGCAGGGUGUGGUGCAGAAACAGCUGGAGCAGAUACGGAAGCAGCAAAAAGAGCAUGCAGAGCUGAUAGAGGAGUACAGAGUGAAACAGCAACAGGGUGGAAUGCAACCUCCCAUGAUGCCUGGCAGGCUGCCAAUACAGGGUCAUCCAGGCUUGAUGCCAACCAGCCCUAUGAACCAACCUCAGAUGGGUCCCACAGUGCCCAUGCAGCUCCAUCCUGGCCAGACAAAUCCCCUCAACAUGCCUGGCUGGCGUCCUGGUGCUCCAGGCCCUGUCGGACCUCAAAUAGCAGGUGUCAUGUCGCCUCAAAUAAUGCAAGGCCCACCUCCUCAGGUGACCUUAGCGAGGCCCGGUCCGGGUCAGGCCAGCGGUGAGUCUCCUCAUGUGAGUUUUGAUGACACCAACCCCUUCAGUGAAGGCUUCCAGGAGCGAGAGAGAAAGGAGAGGUUGCGGGAACAGCAGGAAAGGCAGAGGGUGCAGUUGAUGAAGGAAGUGGAGAGACAACGUAUGAAACAACGGAUGGAGAUGGAGCAGCAGCAACAGCAGGGCCUCCUCAACCAAGAUGGGAACAUGAGGGCUCUCUCACAGAUGCCUUUCUAUAACCAGAACCUGCCUCAGGACUUCAUGCAGCCACACAGGUCUCAGCAGCAGAUGCAAGGCCCUGCAUUCUCCCAGCAGCCUGGUAUGCAAGGCAUGCAGCCUGGAGCAGCCCCUUCUGGACCCAUGAUGGGAAAUGGGCCCUUUCUUCAGGAUGCAAGGUCAGGUUUUAUGUCAGAUGAUCAACUUCCUCAUGGUCCUAACUUUGUUCAGGGGCAGCCCAGACCUCCAGGGUUCCCUGGAACAAGCAUGGUACCUCAGAACCCUGGACAGAGCCAUCCUUUUGGGGUGGAGUCAUCUAUGCCCCUCCCCCCAAACUUUCCAGGCUCUGGUCCAUCCCUGAUUCAGCUCUACUCCAAUAUUAUCCCAGACGAGAAAGGCAAGAAGAAGCGAAGCCGCAAGAAAAAGAAGGACGAUGACGCCGAGUCUUUAAGGGCGCCAUCCACACCGCACUCUGACCUAACUGCUCCGCUCACACCCUGUGUAUCUGACACAUCAUCCACACCCACAAGAAACCAGCUGCUCUUUGGAGACCAGGAGAUGGGCGAGACCUCCCAGCAGGGUUCCUCUACGCCAGGCUCCCAGACCAGCCAACCCCACUCUGAGUUAGAGCGACAGCUUUCCGAGAGCAGCUGUGGUGGUGGAGCCGAAGCGACCGCAGGUCAGCAGGACAUGCAGGCUAGGAUCCUUACCAACAUCAAAUUGGAGAGGAUGGAUGCUAGUGACUACCAUGGGCCCGAAGUGGAGAUGGGCCUGGUGAAGGAAGAAGGGGAGAAAGAAGGCUUGUCCCCCCGUCCUGCACGCCAGAGUCCAGCUAGCAUCGCAAAGGCCGAGGGUAGUAAUGAGCUCCUCAAACAACUGCUGAAGAACAAGGAGACUCCUCCACCAGCACUGCCACACCAGAAGUCUGAGGACAGCCUGAGGUCUGAGGACGAGACCUGCAUGGACAGCAAGGCCCUCCAGAGACAGAACUCCAUGGACAGUGGGACAUUCUCACACAAACAGUUCUCAGGCCAUCCUGAUUUCACGGGGCCUUUGCUGUCCGAGGACAAGAAAAAGCAGAGGACCAAGAGGACCCCUAAGAGCGGAGAACGGCCAGCACCUCGCUCCAAGAAGAGGAAGAAGGAGGAAGAUGAGAAACAAGCUGCAUUUUCCUCCACAGAGCCAUUAAUGACUAGCCUGAAACAGCAGCCCUCUCUCUUGCCACUAAUGGAGCCUCUGGUUGGGGUCAAUUUUGCCCACUUUGUGCCCUACGGCAGCGGACAGCUGGACGGAGAGAGCCGUCUAUCGGGAACAUUCGGGAGCGCCUCUCUAGACGGCAUGUCGGACUAUUACUCGCAGCUCAUUUACAAACAGAGCAAUCUCAGUAACCCGCCCACUCCUCCAGCCUCCUUGCCCCCUACACCGCCCCCCGUGGCGCGGCAGAAACUGCUCAACGGCUUUGCCACCACAGAUGAGCUGGCAAGCAAAGUGGCUGUCUUGGGUGGCCAUGAUGUAACCAAGGGCAUUGCACCAAGGCCACUGCAUGUGCCCUUUAAGGCAGAGGAAGAGCUCCUUGCUCGGGCCUUGGCACAUGGCCCCAAAACAGUAGAUGUGCCCGCCUCCCUCCCCACGCCCCCCCACAACAAUCAGGAGGAGCUCAGGGGGCAGGAGCACUGUGAGGACCGGGACACACCCGACAGCUUCAUCCCCUCUUCCUCCCCGGAGAGCGUGGUUGGCAUGGAGAUCAGCCGCUAUCCAGACCUGUCACUGGUCAAAAAGGAGCCUCCAUCUCCGUCUCUCUCCCCAGUCAUGCCUAUUUUCCCCCACUCCAGGGGGAAAGGUUCCGCAGCGAAGCUUUGCGAUAUCAAGACCGAGCCGUCAUCCAUUUUCUUUGGCUCUCCAUUCGGGAUACCACACAAUGGCUCCAGCACAGGUCUCGUUUCCAUAGCUAUAACCCUGAAGCCUGCUGCUGCCGAGAACAUCACUGACGUUGUGGCAGCCAUUACCAACCUCAUUGGGGUGAAGAUCCCCAGCAGUUAUGAAGUCAGCAGUGGGCCAUGGCCCCACGGCCCUCCAGGGGCCCACAAGGCUUCUGUGCACGGCCUGGAGCCCCGCCCCCAGGCCUCUGGCCUGCUCCAUGGGUGCCCUGGGGCAGCGGCAACGCCACUCAGAGGGACCGAACGCAAUGGCAGAGGAACAGGAACCCAGGGCCCUCUGCAACCACAGCACCAUCUCAUCAGUCACCAUUCCCAUGACAAGAGUCCUGUCAGGGGUAGGGAGCAGUGUCAGCAGCGGCCAUCCAGCCCAGGCCCCAAGCCGCAGUGGUGCCGCCAUUGUAAAGUGGUCGUCCUGGGCAACGGAGUGAGGAAACCCGCUAAAGAUCAACAAAGCAGAUCACAGGAGAUGCACCUGAGCUCUGAUGGAGAGCUGGUGUUCUGCAGCCAUAGCUGUCUCAUACUGCACUCUUCUCCCCAGUCCAAAGGCAAUGUGGACACAAAGGCAUCUGUGGCCCUUCUCGCAGACAGUACUGUCAAGGUGAGUCCGUCCAAAGCCCAGCACAAGUACAACAACAACAUGUCCUCUCUGGACGUGCACUGUCUGGCUCAGCUCCAGCCCAAGCUGGCGCCUCCUUCCCCGCCUCCACCCAACGUGAUCUCUCCGGGCCCCACUCAGCCCGCUGAGGCGCCACCCAAAGUGGAGCCUGAAGCUGAGGCGCAUCUCCGAGUGACGGUGAAGCUGAAGCCCCGCUCGCAGAGCCUCAUGGCCGACGACCGGCCCUGGCCCCAUGGGAAGCGCUGGAAGGGCCUCCGCUGGCGCAGGUGGACCGUCCAAGUGGUGGUGCCCAAGAGCGGCUCAGCAGCACCCGAAGAAGCCGUAGAGGAGCUCCUGCAGCAGCUGUGCUCGUCGCUGCGGCCAUGUCCGGGCGCACGCGACCGUCGCCGCUGCUGCUUCUGCCAGCAGGAGGGCGACGGGCUGACGGACGGACCUGCCCGUCUCCUCAACCUGGACCUGGACACAUGGGUGCACCUGAACUGCGCACUGUGGUCAUCGGAGGUGUACGAGACGCAAGCGGGCGCCCUCAUCAACGUGGAACUGGCGCGGCAGAGGGGCCAGACCGUGGCCUGUGCCUUCUGCCAGCGCCUGGGUGCCACCAGUGGCUGCCACCGCCUCCGCUGCCUGAACGUCUACCAUUUCACCUGCGCGCUGCAGGCCGGCUGCACUUUCUUCAAGGAUAAGACCAUGCUGUGCCACCAGCACCGGCCACGGGGGGCUGGCGCCGCCUCCGCCGGCCCGCACCUGGACCAGCAGCUGCGCUGCUUCUCUGUCUUCCGCCGCGUCUACGUGCAGCGGGACGAGCUGCGGCUGCUCGCUGCCGCCGUGCAGAGGCCUGAACUGGGCCACACCUUCCGGGUGGGUAGCCUGCUCUUCCACGCCAUGGGCCAGCUGCCAGCUGCCUUGCUGCCUGCUUUCCACUCAGCCAGCGCCAUUUUCCCACCGGGCUAUGAGGCCAGCCGCCUCUACUGGAGCAUGCGGCACAGCCAACGACGCUGCCGCUACAUCUGCUCUGUGGAAGAGCAACAGGGCCGGCCCGAGUUCACCAUCCGCGUAGUAGAGAGUGGCUACGAAGACCUCCUGCUCACCGACACCACGGCUAAAGGGGUGUGGGACAAGGUGCUGAUCUCAGUGGCGGAGAGGAGAGCUAAGACAGGCAUGCUGCGUCUCUUUCCCAUCUACCUGAAAGGCGAGGAUCUGUUCGGCCUCACCGUACCCGCCGUUGCCCGCAUCGCCGAAUCGCUGCCAGGCAUAGAGGCCUGUUCUAGGUACCGGUUCCGUUAUGGGCGGAACCUGAUGUUGGAACUCCCUCUGUCCAUCAACCCCUCGGGGAGCGCUCGGUCUGAGCUAAGGAGCUACCCACAGAGUGAGAGGCCAAAGAUCCUCUCUGUGUGGAACAAGCCCUCCUGCGUCAUCCAAAACUCGGCUGUGGCUGAGGGCGGCCCAACUCACAGUAAACACUUCGUGCACUCCAAGUCGUCUCAGUAUCGCCGGCUGACCAGCGAAUGGAAGAGCAAUGUCUACCUGGCUCACUCCCGUAUCCAGGGCCUUGGACUGUUUGCUGCACGAGACAUCGAGAAGCAAACUAUGGUUAUUGAGUACCUUGGGCAUGUCCUCCGCAACGAAGUGGCCUUGCGGAAGGAGCUGCAGUACAAGGCCAAGAACCGGACAGCAUUCAUGUUCCGGAUCGACAGCGAUUCGGUCAUUGACGCUACUUGUUCUGGAAGCCCAGCGAGGUACAUCAAUCAUUCUUGCUCACCAAAUUGUGUGGCAGAAGUAGUGACCUUUGAACGUGGCUAUAAAAUCAUCAUCAGCUCCAGUCGUAGGAUUGAAAAAGGAGAAGAGCUGUGCUACAAUUACAAACUGGGGCCGGUGGACAGCCAGAACAAGAUUCCGUGCCUUUGUGGCACAGCCAACUGCCGCAAGUGGCUGAACUGAAGAGGAGCGACGCACAUGUUCUCUAACUCACAGGUGCCAAGAGUCCUGAGCAGACCAAGGUGCUGAAGACUAACUGCAAAAUUUAAAGUUUGUCAGUGGCAAGAAGAAAGCCUGUAGCUUUCAUGGCCUAUUAAUGACACUGCUGAACGAUCUAUGUUUUAAGGUGUUUUGUGGGGGGUGGGGUGGGGGGUUUUGUUGUUUUUUUAUUUUGGUUUUUUUUUUUAUUUUCUUUUUUUUUUUUUAAAUUAAUUUAUUUUUUUUGUAAUGUGCAAAAUCAAGAGGAAAACACAAACGCAAUUGCGCCAUUGUGUUACAGCCAUUUGCAUCGUUCUCUGGACUUGAAAGGAGAAGGUUCAGUUACCUGCAUGUGCCAUGUGAGUGUGUGUGUGCUGAGGUGUGUGUGUGUGUGUGUGUGUAUAUGUGUGUGCCGAGGCGGUGUGUGUGUGAGUGAGAGAGAGAGAAAGGGGUAGAACGUCUGAGGCAGAUUUCACCAGCGAAUGAGGAGGGAGAGCGAGCACUGUGCCGGAUAUGCCUUAUUGGUUGAAAGAGAGGGCGGGCCCAUUCGUUUGACGUUAUUGGUGGAGACUGUACAGUACUAAUCAAUGUAGAACAUCACUGAAAGAAGAAUGUACGGAAUUGACUUCCGCAAAGGGAAAAGUAACUUGCACUAAAAAAAAGAAAACAGACAAAACUCACAAAAAGAAAUUUUAAAUACUUGAUUCCAUGAGUCAGUUUUAUCCUAGGUUUCUCUUGUUGUUUUGUGUAAGAAAAGAAAAGUUGUUUUGUAUUUAUUACUGUAUGACUGAGUGAGUGGGCCUAUUUUUAAAAUGUAAAAAAGGUGCAAAUUUAAAAAAAAAAAAAGAAAAAAAGAAAAACGCAAACAGACAAAAACGAUACAAGACUGCGAAUAUUGCCCGCAGUUUGAAGAGAUUCUGUUACAUUUGUAAAUAAAUUGUAAAUAAGGAAAAAUAUUGGAAUGAUUGACCAAAUACUACCUUAUUCAGUUUGAUGUUUGGGUGUUUACAUGUGCUUGUUUUCAUUUUCUCUUCUUCUUUUAAAAAAUAUUUAAUAACGAUGCGCCAUUAUAACUGUUUCAGAGGUUAUUUUAAAUUACUAUUCUGUACAGAAUUGCAAAGUAAUUUCAAUAAUUCACAAGAAAGUAUUUUCUCUUUACUUAGAGUAUGGUAUUGUAGUGACUCUUUGUGAUUGACACAUUCAUUCUGACCACUUGAAAAACUGAUUUUUUAAAAAUGUGAUUUGCAUUUAGCUUUUUGGUAAGAGGCUGUUAAUGAUAAACUGAUCUGCAAGUUGAAAAAUAUCAUGCAACCGUAUAAAGGCAUUUAAAAGAAAUCUGGUUAUAGUUGAGGACAACAGCUCAAUUAAUUUUAAACCACCCACAUAAAAAUAAUCAUGACUUUAACCAGAAUAGGCACAAGUAGAUUUUUUUUUUUUUGGUCUGGGUUUUUUGUAUAAAUCUUCUGUGUCCAGUUUAAUUAUUGGGUUAUAACAGUUAAAAAUGUUAGUUUCAGUCGGAUAAGCUCUAGCCAGUUCAUGUACUUGUUAAAAAAUCAUGAGAAAGUUGGGGUGACUUUUAGAAAAGAAAUGUAUAUAUUCAAUAUGAAUAAUUUUAUUGAUUAAAAGGUAAAUGUUUGUCAAAAGCGCGCAGUUCAUUUUGUAGCCUAAAUAAUACCUGAUAUUUGCAUUUCACAUGCUUUGUUUCAAGCCUAGUAUUUUCUUCUUUUUUUCUGUACACAACUUCCCAAUAAAUAAAUUUACAGGUUAGAAUACCAGUUGUACAGGGCAUGGAUUUUUCAAACAGAGUCAGUUGUAUAUAUUUUUCCCUCAAUGAACAUCUGUAACAAAAUUGUUUUGUUUCAUGAAUAUUUUACUUGUCUUGUAAAUUACAUCAACAUUUCUCCUGGUGGUGCGCCCCCUUGUAUAGUAGUCUCAAAUGUUUUGGAAAAUGAAUCCUUUUGAAGUACACAGAGCGAUUAUAGGGUUUGGUAUUCAAGGAACUGAAUUUAGGAACAUUUACAGAAAAAUAAAAUAUUUUACAUCAUUA